GGGGCAGGCCGAGCUCGCCGGAUGCACGGACCGACGGACCGACGGACGCCUAGGGUCGCCGACGGAGGGCCAGCAGGCCCCCAGCCGAAGGCCCGGGCACCGGCCCCGCCGGGGGCGCGAAGGCCGCCAGGGAGGGCGCGACCGCCCGAUCAGGCCUCAGGGGCAGAGAGUCUUCAGCCGGCGACCCCGCCGCCACCCUCGCUCGGUGCUUCGGCGACGCGCGGGUCCUCGCGGCCGCCUGCGUUGCCUCGCGGCUUUUGGUCCCUCCCUCUCGCCGUCCUUCUUGCCCCUCCUCCCCCGCCCUCCGGGUUGUCAGGGCAACCGGAGAGACGCCGGCCCUGGAGGAGAGGCUUUAGGAGGGGCGGUGGCGGCGGCGGCGGCGGCUCGGGGGGCUCAGCCCGUGGGGCCCCAGGAGCAGCUGACCAUGGAGCCCCAGAGGGAUACGCGACUAAGCAUGUUGUGGAAGGUCUGGACCCACGGACCCUGUACAGGUUUCGACUGAAGGUCACCAGCCCCUCCGGAGAGCAUGAGUACAGCCCGGUGGUCUCAGUAUCUACGACCAGAGAACCCAUAAGUAGUGAACACUUGCAUAGAGCUGUCAACGUGAACGAUGAAGAUUUGCUGCUUCGAAUACUACAAGGAGGCAACGUGAAGGUUGAUGUUCCCAAUAAGUUUGGCUUUACCGCUCUGAUGGUCGCUGCCCAGAGAGGAUACAGCAGGCUUGUGAAAAUCCUCGUUUCUAACGGCACAGAUGUGAAUCUGCAGAAUGGAAGUGGCAAGGACAGUCUAAUGCUUGCCUGCUACGCAGGACACCUAGAUGUUGUGAAAUACCUCCGAAGACACGGUGCUUCUUGGGACACUAGAGACCUAGGAGGCUGUACAGCUCUGCACUGGGCUGCAGAUGGAGGCCACUGCAAUGUGAUUGAGUGGAUGAUAAAGGACGGCUGUGAGGUGGACACCACGGACGCUGGCUCGGGGUGGACCCCGCUCAUGAGAGUCUCCGCGGUCUCGGGGAACCAGAAGGUCGCCUCUCUGCUGAUUGACGCAGGCGCGGAUGUGAACAUGAAAGACAAAGACGGGAAGACCCCUCUCAUGGUGGCCGUGUUGAAUAACCAUGAAGAAUUAGUCCAGUUACUUCUCGACAGAGGGGCAGACGCAAGUGUGAAAAAUGAGUUUGGCAAAGGUGUCCUAGAAAUGGCCAGAGUUUUUGACAGAAAGAAUGUCGUCUCCUUAUUAGAAGAAAUGAAAAAAAAGCAAAUGCCGAAGAAGUCAUCUGUUCGCUGACCGCGGGGCACCUCUUACCUCCCUCCGAAAGCCAAGUGAAACGAAGCAAAACGGGACUUGAACUAGAGAGAUGAAAUUCUGCAUCUUUGAGGGCUAUACAUUUGAUUAUUUAGUGAAGAUUCACAGUACUUUUGUAACAUACAACUGUUCUCACUUUGAAAUACAUCUUUUUACCUAA